AUGUCACACACCUCGACAAAUAUGCAAGAGCGCCUGGAUCAGUUACAACAACUACACAAAAUGUGCCGGCAAGAGUUAUUCCAAUUAAAAACGAAUGUGGAACACUAUUUGCAAUCCAGCUCGAACAUGGUCCGAAUGGUGGAGAACCAUUGGUCAGAAGUUGAGCGAGGUGGUGGUUUGGCGUUGAUGAUCUAUGACAAUUUCCUAACGAGUAUAACAAAUGUUAUGAAUUUGGCAAGAAAAUUUAAUUUGCAAUUGCAGCUAAAUCAUGGCGAAGACAAACAUAAAAUGAUGGAAAUGUUUGGAAUUAAACCAGAUGACCGCAAGGAUGAGUUGGUGGUGGAGGAGGAGGUGGUGGUGGAAAAUAGUAAUACCAAAUACGAAAUAUCGAAAUCAGACAGGGAAUCUGAAUUGAAACGCAUAGAUUUUAUACAAAAUUACAAUAAAUCGAUAUAUCCGGCUGAGGAGAUAUGCAACAACAAUAACAACACUAAUGCCGAUGAAGAAGGAGAAUUUCUUUAUCCUCAAGAAAAUCUCUCAACUAUUUAUACCCCUGGCCAAACCAUUAAAGCUUUUGUAACCUAUCUUAAGGAUGUGGAAAAUUUAGAAUUUUAUAUUUUCGAUUUUCAAUCAAAAUAUGUGGGUAUUAUUAAUGAAGUAGCUCAUGCCUUGGAUUUGCGGCAAUACCACCAUCUACCCCCGGUCAAUGAGGUAUUUGGUUUGGUACUGGACAAACGUAUUUUGAGAGCUGUGCGUUCCCCGAAAAUCCUCUAUGACCAAGAUCUGGAAGAACAGAUAUACCCUUGCUAUCUAUUGGAUUUUGGAGAAAUUGAAAAUAUGAAAAUGCAUGAUAUUAAAUAUCAACUCAAUGAAGAACAACAAAAUGUACCCGCAUUGGGUAUAUUAUGUCAAAUGGCCCGAGACUCCUCCAAGCUCCCAGAAAAACUCAAACAUUUAGAAUAUCAACAAUGUGAUUUGAAAAUAAUUGAGAUUAAGGAGAAUAAACUUAUUGUUGAAUUCAGCACAAAUGAUGAGACAAAAGUGGCGGCAGAGGAACAAACUCAAAAAACAAAGGAGCUUACCCGCGAAGAACUGCAAAUUCUCUACGAUGAUCCAUUGUUGUGUACCAGUAAUGCCUUAACCGCGGUUAUGGGUUAUAAUCCCAAAGAUGAGCAACGUCUGUGUCGUUUCUAUGAUCCCAAAACGGGCGCCUGCUUUAAGGGCUCAACGUGUAAACAGGAACAUCAACCCCUGAAUCCCGAAGGCUAUACCAAAGAUCUAAUACCCGCCACCUCAUUUGUUGAUACACGUACCGCCAUGGUAGUAUAUCCCAAAGAUGCCAUAAUUAGUAUUACACCCACCCACAUUGGCCAAAUAUCCUCAUUUUAUUGUCAAAUCAAUGAUGUUCAUCAUAAUAACACCCCGCUCAUUUGGAAUGAUGAAGAUAUUCCGGCAUGGAAACGUUUGGAAAGGCCACCACAUAUCUAUGAAUUGGUUCUGGCCCGCUAUGAUGAUGGUAAUUGGUAUCGGGCUAAAAUAAUAUCCCAUGAUGAUGAUUAUAAAAUGUUUAAGGUCUUCUAUGUGGACUAUGGCAAUCAUCAGUUGGUACAUUUAAGGAAUUUGGCAAAGUGUGAUACGGGUAUGGCUCAAAUACCAUUUCAAGCGAUUAUCUGUCGGCUAGCCAAUGUUAGGGAAAUUCAAAUGCCAGCACAACAGAAAAAGCCAGCCAUUGAAAAGUUGUGUGCUGCUCUGCUAAAUCAAACAUUGGAUGUAAGGGUAAUCGCGCAUCAUGAGGAUUUAUUUAUCGAAUUUCUCGAUGACACAUAUUUAUGUUUGUUGGAUUGGCUUAAGGUAGAGGGUUAUGUGGAGGUUCAGUAG